UUCUUCUGUGCCACCCGAGUUCCCUCUGGCCACGAUGGCCUUGGUGGAGCUUGUUGACCUGUUUCCAACGCUGGCGGAUAUCGCUGGACUUCCGGUCCCUCCGCCGUGUCCUCCGUCAUCCCUGAACGUGUCUUUCUGCUCCGAAGGGUCGAGCUUCCUGCCGGUGAUACAAAACAUGUCGCGCGGUUUUCAGAGAAAAGAGAAAUCGUCUAGAAUCGCUGAGUCCCCGAGCGUGAGCGGCGUUCAUUGGAAGAGCGCAGCGUUCAGCCAGUUUCCCAGACCGAGGAUGGAACCGAGUGUCAACAGCGACCAGCCGAGUCUGCAGGACGUGCGUAUUAUGGGCUACUCCAUGCGCACGCACGUGCACCGCUACACCGAGUGGAUCGCCUACGAUCCGGCGAGUUUCUCGGCCAACUGGACGCACGUCUACGCCAAGGAGCUGUACUUGCACGACGUAGACCCCAACGAAGAUCACAACGAGGCUUACUCUUCUCGGUAUGCCACCUUGGUCGAGAGACUCGCGCUUCAUCUACGAGAAGGCUGGCGCCAUCACCAACCCCUCUCACAUUAGCACGCGCCUGCAGGGGCUAGUUGAAUGACAUAACGCGGAGACUCCAUUCACCACCACUACCACCACCACCACCACCACCACCACCACCACCACCGGCAC